AUGUCAGAAUAUUAUAAUAAAAAAAUAAAGGUAUAUGAUUAUUUAAAUCAAAUAUUUAAUCAAGAGUUCCAUGAAGAUUAUGAUGAUAUCCAUUAUGAUACCGAUGAAAACUAUGUCCAUUAUGACACUGAUGAAGGCUACACAGAGCCAUUCCUAGCAUUAGCAUUUAGUUUAAAAAAUAGUUAUAGUAAUAAUAACAACUAUACAACAACAGCAGAACCAGAACAGGAUGUAACAGCAUAUUUUGAACAAGGUAAUACCAAAAUUAUAGGAUAA